GUAUAGUCAACUAAAUUAUUGCAUAGAUAUAAGUUAUAAGCAUGGCAUCUAAGCAACAAAACCAACAAGAGCUUGACGAAAGGGCAAAACAGGGAGAGACUGUGGUCCCUGGUGGAACUGGUGGCAAGUCCCUUGAGGCUCAGAAGCAUCUUGCUGAAGGAAGAAGCAAGGGAGGGCAAACAAGGAGGGAACAGUUGGGAACAGAAGGGUACCAAGAGAUGGGUCGCAAGGGUGGAUUCAGCACCAUGGAGAAAUCUGGAGAAGAGCGUGCUAAAGAAGAAGGCGUUGAGAUUGAUGAGUCCAAGUUUGUCACCAAGAACCAAAACAAGUAGUACCAUCGUCUUAUUAUAAUCCUAAUCAUAUAUGCUAGCUUCUAAUGUAUGUGUGCUUAAUUUAUUAGUACUAGGUAGUGAUUAGUUUAGGGUUAAUAUAUAACAAGGUAUUUAGG